AUGAUGGUAGCUUUGGCGCCACAGCUGACUAAAUCUGUAGCCGAAUGGGAUACAGUAGGCGUUGGAAAUAUCGCGAUAAUUAUCGAUAGGACAAUACCAAGGCAGGGCCGCGGCAAGAAUGUGAGCGGACUCGAAAUUCCACCCAAAAACAAAAAAAAGCUUUCAAUAUUUAGAAUGCCGGUACCGCCAAGUAAAUCGCCGUUCUUGAAAGAGCAGCAUCUGUUCCAAUGUUCUCUGAGCAGGAACAAAUUGAAAAACGAGGAAAGGAAGGAAUUCGAAUACAUACCAAAAAAUUCCAUAACCGCUAUAGAGUUCCCGAACUACAGCCCGCUGAAAGAGGUCGAGUUCUACAAGCUGAUAUCCGAAGAGAGGGAAGCUGUCGUCAACUUCUCCGAGGGGGACGGUUAUAUCUCCGACACCUUCCACACCUACCUCAAGAUCCUCUCCUACGAGCACGACGAAGCGGAGUUCUACUAUCUCGAUACCGCCUCCAACGACAAUAUCAAGAAGAAGCUGUGUAUACGGACCAAUCCCACGCUGGUAGUCAUCAUCGAGAACGAGGUGCGUGACGUCAUAUCCGGCUUCGAGGACUUCAAAUCUAAGUCAGUGGUGAACCUUCCUGCCCUCAAGGCGAGGCUGGCCUCCUCGGGUGUGAUACGUUACGGCGGCAUCAUACCGGAAAAGCCCCAAGAUAUCGAUGACGAAUAUGUCCGGACGGCAAGGCCCCUCGCACAUCCUCAACAGGAACAGGCUCCGGAGGAAGAAGAGAACGGAUGUGGUUCCGGGAGCGGGGAAGAGAACACAGCCAGCAGAGGAUUACUGAUUCAGGGCGUCGUGUAUCCGGGAAGUGGGCAGCGCUCUGUAUGCCCGCCCGAUCACCCAGGCCGUGGCGGUAUGUCGCCUCUCCCUACCUCCGCCACUUCCAACGGAUCAUCCUCAGAGCUUCCAGUCGGCGCUUCGUCAAGUCGCUACCUCUUUGUCCCAUUGCUAAUUUAA